GAGUGUAUUCGACCGAAGUGUGUUGUAAAACAAUUUCAGGUGUUGAGGUUUUGCUUAGUUUAUACCUGUCGCUCAACCUCUGACUGGGCUGACGAUUUGGCUUUGUCGGUCACCCACUUCCCUGAUCGUGGCUCAACAUAUGGCGUGUUUUUUACGGUUGCAGCGAGCACCAACGGGAUUGCACAUCAAUGAAGAAAAUCAACUCCCGGCUCACUAAGGAAUCUGAGGAUUCCCUUACUCACCCAAUGCUUCUCAUAGGGGUCUUUGCGGAAAUCGAGAGGAACCGCAUGAGGAGUCUAGUAAAAGAAAAAAAGUCGGGCCUCAUGAAUGCCAUAGAAGCCCUGCGGGAACUGGGCUACGACGCAGUGGGAAGGCUGGAGUCGCCGGUAAGUCCUUGGCUCGCGAACUACGAAGUCAAGAACGGCUUGGAACACUGGACAAGUAUUUUGUCUAAGAUGAUUGCUCAUAUCGACGAACUCGAGGAAAAGUGCUACGCGAGUUGCACAGCCCAGCCCAGGGACGGUACUUCACUACUUGAAGAAGAGCGCAAGGAUAAACUGCGCGAUGUAGGCCGCCGCAUAAAAGAAAGACUGCAGGAUAUUCUUCUAGAUUAUAAAGAGAUGAUAAGGGACUACGUGAUGAUCACAGAUGGCUUGACACUAGCAACAAACCUGGUUUUGGCCCGAGACAACGUCCAGAUAUCAAACGAAACCAUCAACAUAUCUAACACAGCAGUGAGAGAUGGCAAGCAGAUGAAGUCAAUCGCCCUGCUUACCAUGAUAUUUUUGCCUGCUACUUUCGUCGCAACUCUUUUUUCAAUGUCGUUCUUCGAGUUGGGCUCGAGCUACAUGUGGCUGUAUCCUGCUGUAGCGGUCCCAUUGACUAUCGCCGUAGUAGCCAUUUAUGUUUGCGUGGUUCUACUUCCUGGUCGACUACCUGGAAGUAGGUCAGCGUCAUCGCUACGCAGUAAUAGGGGAAGCACUCAGCAGAGCAGCCUCACCGAGAAGACUGGCACUUGGAACUCUUAAACCAGGAGCUUCUUAAGCUGAUCAUCAGUGGACGAAGCUAGCACAGCUACUCGAGAGUAUCAUCACUGGCGUCAAGCAGCCAAGAACCCUUUUGUCAUAUCAUGCUCCUGACUGUCCUUUCGAUGAUUUCUAGGUCGCCAUACAUGUUCUAAAAUUGUCAUACCAAGAUCAUCUUUUAAUAACCAAACAUCUACAACGUGGGAAAUUCAUCAAAGGGGGUCGCAAUAAAUCAAGCC